AAUUCACCGAGGAUUGGUAAUGGUGUCUUCUAUGAGAAGGGAACGGGAGGUGGGGCGCCUGCUGCUCUCCCUUCUGCUCCUCGCAGCCUGGGAGGCUGGGAGCGGCCAGGUCCGCUACUCGGUCCCCGAGGAGGCCAAACACGGCACCUUCGUGGGCCGCAUCGCCCAGGACCUGGGGCUGGAGCUGGCCGAGCUGGUGCCCCGCCUGUUCCGCCUGGCGUCCAAGGGCCGCGGGGACCUUCUGGAGGUAAACCUGCAGAAUGGCAUUCUGUUUGUGAAUUCUCGGAUCGACCGCGAGGAGCUGUGCGGGCGGAGCGCGGAGUGCAGCCUGCACCUGGAGGUGAUCGUGGACAGGCCGCUGCAGGUGUUCCACGUGGAGGUGGAGGUGAGGGACAUUAACGACAACGCGCCGGUCUUUCCGCUGGCAAUAAAGACUAUCCAGUUUCAUGAAUCGAGGCUGCUUGACUCGCGUUUUCCUCUAGAGGGAGCAUCUGAUGCGGAUAUCGGAGUAAAUGCUCUUCUCUCCUACAAGCUGAGCACCAGUGACUUUUUCUUUCUAGAUAUACAGACAAAUGAGGAAUUAAGUGAAUCUUUGUCUCUCGUGCUGAAGAAAUCUCUGGACAGAGAGGAAACUUCUCAGGUUAAUUUGUUAUUGGUGGCUACUGAUGGGGGCAAACCUGAGCUUACUGGCACCGUUCAGUUGCUUAUUAAGGUACUAGAUGUGAAUGACAACGAACCCACUUUUGACCAAUCAAUUUACAAAGUACAGUUGAUGGAGAAUAUUGCAAACGGAACAUUAGUGGUUAAAGUAAAUGCUUCUGAUGCAGAUGAAGGAUCAAACAGCGAGAUUGUGUAUUCAUUUAGUAGUGAUGUGCCCUCUACUAUACAGAACAAGUUCAAAAUAGAUUCCAGCUCAGGGGAAAUCAGAACUAAAGGAAACUUAGAUUAUGAAGAAACGAAAUACUACGAGAUUCAAGUCAUUGCAUAUGACAAAGGAGCUCCGUCAAUGUCUGGGCAUUGCAAAAUUUCAGUAAAACUUGUGGACAUCAAUGAUAACACACCAGAAAUCUCAAUAACAUCUCUCUCACUUCCCAUCCGAGAGGACGCUCCUUUGGGCACAGUCAUCGCCCUGAUCAGCGUGCAUGACCGAGACUCCGGUGUCAACGGGAAGGUGACCUGCAGCCUGACGCCCCAUGUCCCCUUCAAGCUGGUGUCCACCUUCAGGAACUACUAUUCGCUGGUGCUGGACAGCGCCCUGGACCGCGAGAGCGUGCCGAGCUACGGGGUGGUGGUGACCGCGCGCGACGGGGGCUCGCCUCCGCUGUCGGCCACGGCCAGCGUGUGGGUGGAGGUGGCCGACGUGAACGACAACGCGCCCGCGUUCGCGCAGCCCGAGCACACGGUGUUCGUGAGGGAGAACAACGCGCCCGGCCGCCACAUCUGCACGCUGUCGGCGCGCGACCCCGACGCGCAGGAGAACGCGCGGGUGUCCUACUCGCUGGUGGAGCGGCGGGUGGGCGAGCGCGCGCUGUCGAGCUACGUGUCGGUGCACGCGGAGAGCGGCCGGGUGUUCGCGCUGCAGCCGCUGGACCACGAGGAGCUGGAGCUGCUGCAGUUCCAGGUGAGCGCGCGCGACGCGGGCGUGCCGCCUCUGGGCAGCAACGUGACGCUGCAGGUGUUCGUGCUGGACGAGAACGACAACGCGCCCGCGCUGCUGCCGGGCGGCGCGGGCGAGCUGGUGCCGCGCUCGCUGGGCGCGGGCCACGUGGUGGCCAAGGUGCGCGCGGUGGACGCGGACUCGGGCUACAACGCGUGGCUGUCGUACGAGCUGCUGCAGCCGGCGGCGGCGGCGGCGGGCGGCGCGCGCGGCCCGUUCCGCGUGGGGCUGUACACGGGCGAGAUCAGCACGACGCGCGCCCUGGACGAGGCGGACGCGCCGCGCCAGCGCCUGCUGGUGCUGGUGAAGGACCACGGCGAGCCGGCGCUCACGGCCACGGCCACGGUGCUGCUGUCGCUGGUGGAGAGCGGGCUGGCGCCCCGCGCGUCGUCGCGCGCGCCCGAGGGCGCGGCGGGCGCGCCGACGGCGCUGCUGGACGUGAACGUGUACCUGAUCGUCGCCAUCUGCGCCGUGUCCAGCCUGCUGGUGCUGACGCUGCUGCUGUACGUGGCGCUGCGCUGCGCGGCGCCGCCGGGCGAGGGCGAGGGCGCGGGCGCGGCCGGGAAGCCGGCGCUGGUGUGCGCCAGCGCGGUGGGGAGCUGGUCGUGCUCGCAGCAGCGGCGGCAGAGGGUGUGCUCCGGGGAGGGCCCGCCCAAGACCGACCUCAUGGCCUUCAGCCCCAGCCUUCCUCAAGGUCCAGGCUCCAAGGAAGAAAGGCAACAACCCAGAGAAUCAGAACACGUGGCAGAGGUGAGCCUUUUCAUUUUUUAA